AGUAAGAGAAAAGAUUACCGUCGCCUGUGAAUGACGACAGACCGUCGCACAGUUGCACAGUUAGGUAACAUGGCCGCAUCCAUGAGACUUCUGUUUCGGAGGGUGAUCCGUCUUUCCCACAGAAGUAUUGACGUUACCGCUGCUGGAGUUUCAGGCCGGUCAGGUUGCUGUUGGGGACCGUGUACCUGUCGUUGUUUUAGCGAUGCCGCCGGAGACAGAAGUACCCAUUUUGGUUUUGAAACUGUGCCAGAGACAGAGAAGGCCAAGAGAGUGUAUAAGGUGUUUGAGAAUGUGGCGCAGAAGUAUGAUACUAUGAAUGAUGCCAUGAGUCUGGGGAUUCAUCGACUGUGGAAGGACAUGCUGCUGCACGCCAUGCACCCACAGCCCGGGGUGCGACUCCUGGACGUGGCGGGCGGAACAGGUGACAUUGCCUUCCGUUUCCUGGAGUACGUUCGUUUUCAGCAAGAGCGGCAGAAGCGGCGGACGGUGCAGUCCAUGCAGACGCCAUCGUGGGAGGACAUUUCCAACAACUACUCCACAGAGGACGAGGACGCGCCCCAGGAAUCCAGGGCCGUGGUCUGUGACAUCAACAAGGAGAUGCUGAGAGUGGGCAAGCAGAAAGCCGACAGCAUGGGCACCAGGGCUGGUCUGUCGUGGGUGGUGGGGGACGCAGAGGAGCUGCCCUUUGAUGACGACCAGUUUGAUAUUUAUACCAUCGCCUUUGGCAUUCGGAACGUCACCCAUAUAGAUCAGGCGCUGCAGGAGGCUCUGCGGGUGCUGAAGCCUGGUGGCAGGUUCAUGUGCUUAGAGUUCAGCAAAGUGACAAAUCCUGUAUUGGCAAGGCUUUAUGACGCAUACAGUUUCCAGAUGAUCCCAGUUUUGGGAGAGGUGAUUGCUGGAGACUGGAAGUCGUACCAGUAUCUGGUAGAAAGCAUCCGCAAGUUCCCGGACCAGAUCUUAUCAAGAAACCUUUUAGCUAUUUUAAGACCCUUUCCAUACAUCAGCUUGAGAUGACUCCCUGGACCACUGUUUAAAUAAUUUUACUACAUGUUCUUGUAUAACCAGUAUUUGGUCAAUAAACUUUGAUAACAUGUAAUAUGUGGCGAGAAUGCAGGCACAUUUAAAUUAAUGAGAUUUUAUCUAUAUUUGAGCAAUUAUUUACACGUUUAAUAAAUGUUUAGCAAUUUGUAAAGUCUGUUUAAUUUAUAGUGCUUUCAAUAUCAUAUUAUACAUAUAUUUACGAUAUAUACUAUAAAUGAAUUAUUAAUGUUCUGUCUGAUGCUUCAUAAGGCUGAAUGAGACAUUACCCCAUGAUGGUUUAUAGCAGUUUCUCAAAGUGCAGCCCGUCGAUGGCGACCCUCGGAAACAUUUUGUGCGGAUCCUGAAUGUGACAUGAGAUGCAUUAAAUAUUUCAUAAUAUAGUAUGCCAUUUAAAAUAGAUAAUAAAAAAAAGAAGAUGGUAU